CGCCGGGCUGUGACAGACGCGCACCUGCCCGGGCUGGAAGCGCCUGUCCGCGUAGCGGCCGCCCCUCGGGGUCGGACACACUUUGUGGGCAUAAACAUUUUUUAAACUUUUUUUAAGAACUCGUUUUCUGGGAUUUUUAUAAGCCACCCUGUAGUUUGCGUUGGUUUUCUGCUUCUCCCGCUUCAAGGUAGCGUUUGCUCUGUUCUUCCUGGUACUGUAACACGGGGACCUGAACGGAACUGACAUUUUAAGUACUCCAGGAACCCUCCGGUCCAUCCACCUGUUAAAGCGAGCAGUUGUGCUUCCUUCUUUCUUCUUUUUUCCCCGUGUCGCCUGUUGGAUGUGAUGGAACUCAUGUUUGCGGAGUGGGAGGACGGGGAGAGGUUCUCCUUCGAGGACUCCGAUCACUUUGAGGAGGACUCCCUUUGUUCCUUCAUCUCAGAGGCAGAGAGCCUUUGCCAGAACUGGAGAGGAUGGCGGAAGCAAUCGGCCGGACCCAAUUCUCCCACUGUCAAAAUGAAAGAUGGGCUGGUGAUCCCAUUGGUGGAACUGUCUGCAAAACAGGUUGCAUUUCACAUUCCAUUUGAGGUCGUGGAAAAAGUUUAUCCUCCAGUUCCUGAGCAACUACAGCUUCGGAUUGCCUUCUGGAGUUUCCCUGAAAAUGAGGAAGAUAUUAGACUGUACUCAUGUUUGGCUAAUGGCAGUGCAGACGAGUUCCAGAGAGGGGAGCAGCUGUUCCGAGUGAGGGCAGUCAAAGACCCUCUCCAGAUAGGUUUCCAUCUGAGUGCCACUGUGGUACCCCCGCAGAUGAUGUCACCCAAAGGUGCAUACAAUGUGGCAGUGAUGUUUGACCGAUGCAGGAUCACAUCAUGCAGCUGUACCUGUGGUGCUGGGGCCAAAUGGUGCGCUCACGUCGUGGCGCUCUGUCUCUUCCGGAUACACAAUGCAUCUGCGGUAUGCUUACGAGCACCUGUUUCUGAGUCCUUGUCUCGGCUACAAAGAGACCAAUUGCAAAAAUUUGCUCAGUACCUAAUCAGUGAACUUCCACAACAGAUUCUUCCAACUGCUCAGCGUUUGCUGGAUGAACUGUUAUCUUCUCAGUCAACUGCAAUCAACACAGUGUGUGGAGCCCCAGAUCCCACUGCUGGACCCUCUGCGUCAGAUCAAAGCACCUGGUACCUAGAUGAAUCUACCCUGAGUGACAACAUAAAGAAAACCCUUCAUAAAUUCUGUGGGCCCUCUCCUGUUGUUUUCAGUGAUGUGAAUUCCAUGUAUCUCUCUUCCACGGAGCCUCCGGCUGCUGCUGAGUGGGCCUGCCUUCUGCGUCCCCUGCGAGGGAGAGAGCCUGAGGGAAUCUGGAACCUCCUUUCUAUUGUGCGGGAGAUGUUUAAGAGACGGGAUAGCAACGCUGCUCCUUUGCUGGAGAUUCUGACUGACCAGUGUCUGAACUAUGAGCAGAUAACCGGCUGGUGGUACAGCGUGCGGACGUCUGCAUCACACAGCAGUGCUAGCGGGCACACGGGACGCAGCAAUGGGCAGUCAGAAGUAGCUGCUCAUGCCUGUGCAAGUAUGUGUGAUGAGAUGGUGGUUCUUUGGCGGCUGGCUGUCCUUGACCCAACUAUAAGUCCACAGAGGCGCAGGGACCUUUGCUCCCAGCUCAGGCAGUGGCAGCUAAAAGUCAUAGAUAAUGUUAAGAGAGGUCAGCACAAGAAAUCACUGGAGAAGCUGUUCCAGGGUUUCAAGCCAGCAGUGGAAGCCUGCUACUUCAACUGGGAGGAAGCUUAUCCUAUCCCUGGGAUCACCUAUAGCAGCACUGACAAGAAAAACUCAUUCUGUUGGGUAAAAGCCAUCCAACAGAGGAGCUGCCGGUUGCAGUGUGCAGAAGCUGCUUGUGAGGCUGGUAGAGCCCAUGGACAGGAGCCUGGGGGACCAUGUCUGCAACCUGGGGACAGGCUGCGUCCCUCACCCCAGGAGCCAGCGGUUCGUCCAAAGGAACUUACUGGAAAGCGAAAAGUCGUCUCUGAAACACCGCAGAGAGUUCUGCGACGACUUUCAGCAGAAGGUGAUAAAGCUGUGUAUAAGACUGCAGUGGGCAAAGCUAAGUUGCCAGUGAGCAAAGGUUUGACCAGCAAGCAUAGUGGGAAACGCCGCAUGAGCAGUGAAGACAGCUCCCUGGAGCCAGACUUAGCAGAGAUGAGCCUGGACGACAGCAGCUUGGCUCUGGGUGCAGAAGCCAGCAAUACGUUUAGUUUUACAGAAAGCCCACUGAGCAGGAGCUACAGGGAUGCCUUUGAGGAGGAUGGUGGGGUGUACUUCUCUGAGGGACCUGAGCCCAGUGUCAGGAGCAGUUCCACAGGCAAGAAAUCAACCAAGGAUCCUGUGGGAGAGACAGGUAGUGGUGAUGAUGACCUGACUUCUGCAGAUGAGAACAGUGGUGGUGUGAGCCUGAAGCCAGAAGAAGUAGGGGAGAAUGGUGCGGCAGGUGGAGGGGAUGAUGGAGAAGAGGAAGAUGAUUACCAGGUAUACUAUCUGAAUCCACAAGAGGUAGCCAAGGAAGAUGAUGACAAAGCUGAAGGGGGAAAUGAAGAGGAACAGGAUAUGUUUGCUGGUAUAAAGCCUCUGGAGCAGGAGAACCGGAUGGAGAUCCUGUUUGCCUGUGCAGAAGCCCUGUAUGCACAUGGAUACAGCAAUGAAGCAUGUCGCUUAACUGUAGAACUUGCCAGGGACCUAUUAGCCAACCCUCCAGAUCUCAAAGUGGAGCAGCCACCAACUAAGGGCAAAAAGAACAAGGUAUCAACCAGCAAGCAAACAUGGAUGGCAACCAACACCUUGUCCAAAGCUGCUUUCCUGCUGACUGUACUGAGUGAGCGGCUGGAGUACCACAACCUGGCCUUCCGAAUAGGAAUGUUUGCUCUGGAGCUGCAGAGACCGCCUGCCUCUACAAAAGCACUAGAGGUGAAGCUGGCAUAUCAGGAGUCUGAGAUUGCAGCCCUCUUGAAGAAGAUUCCCUUGGUCACUAAUGAGAUGAAUACUAUUCGAGGAAGAGCUGAAGAACUGCGAGAAGGAACACUGUGUGAUUAUCGUCCUGUCCUGCCUCUCAUGUUGGCUAGCUUUAUAUUUGAUGUCCUGUGCACUCCAGUGGUUUCUCCUACAGGCUGUAGACCUCCAAGUCGCAAUUGGAAUAAUGAAAUGCCUGGAGAUGAAGAACUUGGUUUUGAAGCAGCUGUUGCUGCUCUUGGCAUGAAGACAACUGUCAGUGAAGCAGAACAUCCUCUGUUGUGUGAAGGCACUCGAAGGGAGAAAGGAGAUCUGGCACUAGCUCUGAUGAUUACCUACAAGGAUGAUCAAUCGAAGCUGAAGAAGAUUUUAGACAAACUUCUGGACAGAGAGAGUCAGACUCAUAAGCCACAGACUCUGAGUUCCUUCUACUCUUCCAGCAAGCCUACAGUAGCAAACCAAAAGUCUCCUUCCAAACAUGCUGCCCAGUCUACUGCAGCCAUCCAGCAGCUUCCAGGGACUUCAGUUGCUCAGCAAGCUGGUGUAAGCCCAGCAGUUCAGAGCAGUCCUGAGACUUUUGUGGAGAAGAGUUCACAAGAGAGCUCUCAGAGGUCCCCCUGUGAGCCAGCUGGGGAAUCCACUGUCUUGAAACAGGAAGGAAAGGUCCCCAGUCGUCUGGCCCUUGGAAACCGAGGUGGAUACAACGGAAGAUGUUGGGGUUCACCUGUCAGGCAGAAGAAGAAACACACAGGCAUGGCUAGUAUUGACAGCAGUGCUCCUGAAACUACCUCUGACAGUUCUCCAACACUCAGUCGGCGUCCCCUACGUGGGGGAUGGGCAGCAACAUCUUGGGGCCGAGGACAAGACAGCGACAGCAUCAGUAGUUCUUCAAGUGAUUCACUGGGAUCUUCCUCUUCCAGUGGCAGUAGGAGAGCCAGUGGGGGAGCCCGUGCAAAGACUGUGGAAGUUGGCAGGUAUAAAGGGAGGCGGCUGGAAAGCCAUGCUCCUCAUGUCCCGAACCAGCCUUCAGAGGCAGCUGCCCACUUCUACUUUGAAUUGGCCAAGACAGUCCUUAUCAAAGCAGGUGGAAACAGCAGUACCUCCAUCUUCACCCACCCUUCCUCCAGUGGUGGACACCAGGGACCACACCGCAACCUUCACCUCUGCGCCUUUGAGAUUGGGCUGUAUGCACUAGGGCUGCACAACUUUGUGUCUCCCAACUGGCUCUCUCGAACUUACUCCUCCCAUGUCUCCUGGAUCACAGGGCAGGCCAUGGAGAUUGGUAGUGCAGCCCUGAACAUCUUAGUGGAGUGUUGGGAUGGACAUCUGACCCCCCCAGAGGUGGCAUCAUUGGCAGACAGAGCCUCACGGGCCAGAGACUCCAACAUGGUGAGGGCAGCUGCUGAACUGGCACUCAGCUGCCUGCCCCACGCCCAUGCCCUGAAUCCAAAUGAGAUCCAGAGGGCUCUGGUGCAGUGCAAGGAACAGGACAAUCUGAUGCUGGAAAAGGCCUGUAUGGCAGUAGAAGAGGCAGCCAAGGGAGGUGGCGUUUACCCAGAAGUUCUCUUUGAAGUAGCUCACCAGUGGUACUGGCUUUAUGAACAGAUUGUUGGUGGGACUCCAGCUCAGAGAGAAGGUGCCACUGGCUGCAGUGCCGGUGGUGCACGGGCUGUGUCAGAAGCAGCUCGUGGGUUGACAGACAACCGGGUGACCACUGAGCCAACCACAGUAACAGUGGCAGCUGCAGUAACCGCAGCAGCAACGGUCGUGCCAGUAAUCUCUAUGGGGUCAACCAUGUACCAGCAGCAUACGAUGGCAGGACCGGCAAUGGCGCAUACACACACGCAGGGCCUCCACCCUUACACCACCCUUCAGACUCACAUUCCCUGUAAUCCCCAGUAUAUUGGACACACUAUCCAGCACAUGCCACGUCCAGCUGUCUUCCCAGUGCCUGGCUCAGCGUACCCACAGAGUGUCCAUCCAGCAUUCAUAGGAGCGCAGUACCCCUAUUCGGUAACAACACCAUCAUUGGCAGCUACUGCAGUGUCGUUCCCUGGUGUGCCAGUCCCAUCCAUGACACAGAUAGCAGUGCAUCCCUACCACAGUGAAACUGGACUGUCACUGUCUUCCAAUGUAGCGAUAGGAAGUGUCCAUGCAGGAUCAACGUUCCCAGCAAUUCAAGGGGCUUCCUUGACAUCUCUGUCCUCACAGCCCAACUCCCUUGUUACAGGGGGGUUUCCUGCUGAGGAUGAGCAGCACAGCCAGCCUGUGAGCCCCCAGGGUUUGCACUACCUCCACUCCGCAUACCAAGUUGGGAUGCUGGCUCUGGAGAUGCUUGGCCGAAGAACUCAGAGCGAUCAUCCCAACAACUUCUCCCGCAGUCCACCCUAUACAGAGGAUGUAAAAUGGCUCCUUGGAUUGGCUGCAAAGCUAGGUGUAAACUACGUGCAUCAGUUUUGUGUCGGUGCAGCCAAGGGAGUGCUGAACCCUUUUGUGCUUCAGGAUAUCAUCAUGGAAGCUCUACAGAGGCUCAACCCUGCACAUGUGCACAACCAUCUGCGCACCCCAGCCUUCCACCAGCUGGUGCAGAGGUGCCAGCAGGUCUACUUGCAGUACAUCCAUUACCGGCUGAUCCACCUCGCUCCAGCUGACUACGAUGAUUUUGUGAAUGCCAUCCGCAGCGCCAGAAGCGCCUUCUGCCUGACUCCCGUGGGCAUGAUGCAGUUUAAUGAUAUUCUCCAGAACCUGAAGCGUGGCAAGCAGACAAAGGAUCUGUGGCAAAGGGUCUCUCUGGAAAUGACCACCUUCUCACCGUGACAGCAGCUUGUGCUUGUUAGAUCGCGCUCACACGGUGGCUUACUCCCUGAUGGGCAGUGGAAGUCAGGAGUCAGCAAAGGGAUGAGCGACCACAGUCCUGUUCAGGUUGGUUUGUCAUUACUUUUCUUGCCAUAUUAUUAUUGCUACAGCAAAAUUAUCAGCAAGGAAUGAAAGGAGUCUCUUCUCAACUGUAUAUGUAAACUGCUGAAAAACAGUAGUAGUGGUAUAUUUGAUCAAGGCGCUCAUUACAUUAAUAUACUCUUAACACACUCUUGUGUUUCUUUCUGACUUCCACUAUCUGUACACUUCUGCCAAGACCAUGCUUUUGCAGUACUGUCAUCAGAGGGAUCAGAUUUUAUGUAGACUUGAACUAUGAUGCUACUUACAGAGAAAUUCUCCCAGAGCCUUUAAAUCUCUUCUGUCCUUCUGCACAUGUUCUUACCAGUUCCCUGUAUUCCCUGUACAAAUUAGAAAGCCAAGUAGUAAGCAUCUUUCUAAUUGAUUGAAUUUCUGAGGUUGUGAGUGAGUAAAAGUUUUGGCUUCAUGUUGCUGACCUUUCUUUGUUUAGGUUGGCAUGUAUACUCUGCUGGCUUGCUUUUUACUUAUUUUUUUAUUUGUUUCUUAACAUUUGUUUUCACAGUUCUCACCUGCUAUACACACUUCCAUUUCUGAAGUGACCUGAUCUGGCUUCUAUUAAAGUCACGGGCCCUUCUGAUACCUUUCUGAUGACUCAGUUUCCUAUGCCAAAAAAAGAAAACAUUAAUACAUUACAAAAUAAUUUUCAGGUAAUGUCUUAUGCUUAACAUUUUUCUUGUCUUGAAAACUAACUACUUGCUGUCAAGUUCUUCCUUACUAAAUAGUGAGGCAAGAAGAUGAAGUUUAUUUGCAACUCAGUUCCACUGUCAAAAUGAGCUGUAAGGGUCAGUAGCAAGUAAGUGACUGUGUCAGGACCAAGUAAUCAGUGUAUCUGGCUACAUCAGGUAAGGACAUCAUACAUUUGACAUGGUCUAGACAUAGCAGGUGAUUUGUUUCUCCAUUGCUGUAAGCAGUAAAAAGCCAGCACAGCAACAAAGAAAUCAGUGGGGAUGGAAGGACAAAUAAUGAGAACACGGAGCUGCUCUUUGCUGCCUUGAUUGAAGGACUAUUGUCAGUUAACAGCCCUGACAUUUAGUAAGUCCCUUCCAACUUUGUUCCUAGUAUCUUGACUUUUUUUUUUCCAGUGUUUGUUUGAAUCCAUCUACUUGAACAUUUAUCACAGCUCUGAGGUAAAUAUGUAAGAGAGAACCUGUAAUGAAUUAAGAGAAGGAAGGAAGCUCUGUGUGUAAUGGGGCAGCAGUACCAUCGGUCCUGGGCUCUGUAUGCCAGUAUGGCAGUAUGUAAAAAAUACCUGUUUUGCUGAUGCUAUGUUUGUUUCUGAAGUGCUUGGUAAAGUGAAGUGAGAGGUGAAAGGCUAUUUUAUAAUUCUGCCACAACUGUGACUAUUUAAAUAAUGUUUUGCUCUGUCUUGAAUGUAAGGUUCUGUGUUAUCACAGAUUACUCGUGGGCUGCUGGCCAAGGCCAUGCAAUGGCUGCAUAUCUGGACAGCAAGGACAGAGCAAAGCUCUAUUGCUGCACCACAGCAGCUGGGAGUUACUGCAGUAGCUGGAAAUAGCUCAAAAUUCAUCACUAGUGCAACCCAGUAAGGGUGAGUAUCCAACCACAGGUUCUCUGUGCUGUACUGGCUUCUGUGAGCCUCCAGUUGCACAUACCAAGAAAGACAUUUUUACUACACUGUUACAGCUGCAAAAGGACAUUUCCAUUAUAAUUAAAGCAAACACUUUUGUUGCCCUCUCAAAUAUCAGCUGUAAGAACCGGAAUAUGUUUUCCAGGGUUUUUCUUUAUCUUUCUACCAGCUUACGAUCCACGACAUCACUCCAAAUCAUCAUCACUCCAAAUCAUCACAAGGAAGAAAAAUAAGUAGUACAUUUAUUGAAUCCACUUACUACUACUUCUAGCCUUUAUUCAGACACUUGUGCUCAGUUUUGAGAGCCAGGAAUUUCUUCAUUAUCAUUCAAUGUGAAUGAUCCUAUACAUGAUCCAGUGCAGGAAGUUGGGCUCUUCUCUCUAACAGGACUGAGAGAGGGGUUUCUAGUCUUUGUCCUUUUUUUUUUGGCUGCACAAAAUAACCCUUUCCAAGGGCACAUGAAAUAAAAUACUAUAUUGCAUACUAUAUACAUUUACAUACAACGGUAAAUGCACCAUUCAAUUGGAAAUACACAAUACCUAAGGCUCAAUGGAAAAGCUUGGUUGAAGCAACUUUUCUCCUCUGGUAGGCGAAAAGGAGCUUGUGACAGUUGUAGACAUUUCCAUAACCUGUGUUCACAUGGAUCCUAUCCCUCUCUGGAACUGCAGCAAGACAGGUCCAUCUGUGCCCAGGAGGGAGGGACAACAGCCCACACAACUUCAGAAGCCCAUGGCUCAGCAACAGAAACUGUACAACCACGAUGGAGGAUUUCCUCUGAGAAAAAUUAUCCAGCAACUGCAAGAGGAGGCACAGCACCGUAGUGUACUUAAAGUAUUGACUGUGUGCAGAAAUAGUAAUCUAAACAAACAGCCCCUUUUGGAUACAGGAAACCACAUUCUUGCUUAAAAAUGCUAAGCCCUCCCUGUAUAUCUUAGUGGUACUUACUGUGGGUUGGGUUUUUUAUUUCUCUUUGCAGGAGGAUGCUGGACUGCAGGGGGAUUAAACAAGUAUUAGCAUACAUGGUAGAGGCCCUGCAGCUGCUGGAUAGACUGAAAAAAAAGCAACAUUUUUAAGUUAAUCAGACAGGGGAAACUGAACUGUCUACUUUCAGCCUUAUUCAACACUACCUGAGCUUUGCCUCCCCCAGCUACUGUGCUCUGCUAGCACAGGCCUCCAAAGUGCUCAAGGGGACUGACUUAUCAUUCCUUGGGUAUCUUCUGAAAUGGCUGAAGACAUUGAAAGAAAUAUUUGCCAUGCUGUCAUGUAUGGCAACCUUUUCCCUAAGACAGGAAAUUAAUUUGGUGUCAGUAUCUGCAGCUUUGCCUUAUCUCCCACUGCCCAUGGACCAGAGCUGUUGGACACCAUAUUGCACCAGCAAGGCUGCAGAUAAGGACAUGUUAACAGGCAUAAGAUGGCCUGUGUCUCCAAGAUGGUGCAGUCCCCAGCACACACACUGUGGCACUGUAAAUAAUGGUCAUGGCCACUGUACUCUACAGGGGGAGGAAAGAGGUGUUCUUGUACCUUGCUGUUGCCAAAUAAUAGAUUACUGGAUCAAAGCUGAGGUUCACUGGAGCAGAUUCCUCUUUUCUGAUCAGCGGGCUCUGUAUCUUGCCUCUCACAUCUUUUUCUCUGGACUCAGAGGUGAAAGACAUUAACCCUCCAACUAGUGCCUGUUUCAUAUACUGAGAAGAGUAAUUUCAACAUAAAGUGUUAACCGUGCUCUUGCUCCUGCUCAAAGUAGGACAGGCAUUACAAAUCCUUCCUGCAAGUAAGAGUCAAAGUGUGACACACCAUUAAUACUCCAGAAUGAGAUUUGCACUCCAUGCCCUAGGACAGUGUCAGAAGCAGCAGCCCUUCCCAGUGGUGGGGAAAGGCUCCACAUGCACAUUCUCUGCUACUGCUCAUUUGUCCACUUGUUUUGGCUUGACGAGAGAUGGCAUCAUAGCACAUGUUGGAGCACCACACAUCCCAGUGGCACUGGGAACAGGGAAGUCCCUCUCAACUCCAGCUGGAGUUCUGCAGUUCCUCUCGGAGCCAGGUUGGAAGGGGCUGUCCAAGUCUGUUCAUCAGCUUGGAUAAUUCAAUGUUGUGCUCCCGGUAGAAGUCUCUUAGGAACAGCCGUGACUGCAUGGAAAAGACAGACUACAUUAGCGUGAAAGAAAAUGUCACUCUUACUGUGUUUCUGGCAGGGGUCUUCAGGUCAUUUCCUAUCACUGGCAGUAGAAAAAUCCAGGUGGGUAUGCUCAUUGCAUUCCAUGUGUAUACAGCUCAUCUGCUGCUGCUAACUAAUUUGAGAAAGUUACUCACCGAGGAAUCCAUGUCAGGGUAUUUUCUUCCUUUACUCUUUCCCAGGCAUUUUGUCUUUCCUCCAUCUAACAGCUGGCACCAAAAUCCUUUUGCUUCAUCAAAUCUGAAAAGGACACUGAUAUUUAGAAGAUAUGGCCACAUACCCAAUUAGUAGCUGCAGAAACUUAACAGCUUCAUAGGUAUUUCCCAGUUCAAUCCUUAAUUUAUUGUCAUGAUUUUUUUUUUUUUUUCUGAGCAAUUCAGGUUGCUUUUUGGUUUUUGUUGUUUUUAGAAUUUGAUUGUGACGGCCUUCUACAAGUAAGGCUUCCAAGUAAUCUUGCAUUUCUUUAGAUCUGCACACCCUGGGGUGUGCCACUCCUUUUGGAAACACCUGGAGGAAGAGGCCUAAAUUGGUACGCCUAUCCUUACUGUUAAAGGAAGAGCAAUUGCAGUGUGCCUGCACACAUACACAGACACACCUAUUACCCUCAGCUAGCAUGGGCUGAGAUGGCAGAGAAGGUGUGAAAAGCCAGGUUUCAGCAGCAAAGAACAACAUUCCAGAUUUCCAGUGGCUUGCCACUGAAGACUGAUACCAACUCUGUUCACCUUCAGCUAGCACUUACUUAACCUAUUCACACUGCACUGUGCAGAACAUCGUAGUCAUGGCUGACUAAUGUUCUUCAACUUGGUAGCAAUGAGGUACUGCCUCUGCUAACAGUUCCUUAGGACUUGGCUGUCAAGUCCACAUCUUCUGUAAUAAUAGACUCUUAUCUCAAAACUCUCUGCUGUGUCUCUAAUCUCCAUCAAGCUGAAUAGCAGCCUGUCAUUCAUUUUUAUCCCAAAUUCUUUGCUUUCUGCCAGAUUCAAGGUGUAAGAAACACAAAGCAUAAUGAGCUCUAAAAGCUUCAGCACCUUUUCUGAAACCACAAAGACCAAAUGAAAAACACUGUAAUUUCUGCUGUGAGCAACUUCACGCCUCUCCACGACAGUGCCAAAAAACAGCCCUUCCCCCUUCAUUUCGUUGGACUAAGUUACAAGUCCAAUCCAGUGUCUCAUGCCAUCCAGACACAGCCACCUGAAAUUAAUUUUAACAUUUAGACAUACCUCUGAAACCUUUGCAGACCUUCUGGUCAUAGAUAAGAUAUAUUGUUCCGAUCAAAUGCUUAUUGUAUUGCACUUGGCUAAAAAAAGUAGCUUGUCCAAAAAUUACUUCCUUACCUCAGGGCCUGAGUGUAGUUAAAGAGUGGUGUAACUCCCAAGAACUUCUGGAUGUUGUCCAUUACGGAGGCAGGGUUGUGUCUCAGCUCCUGACCAUCCACAAUGAGAAUCUAAAAUGAAAUAACACCAGCCACCUUAGCCUCUGACACCUCGUGCUGAGCUUUCCAGCUCUCAAAACUCCACCACCUUCCUUCAUGUGAGUAUAGCUUACUGGUAUCUGCUUAUUCUGGAACCAGAUGUAGCAGACAGAGAAGUACAAUAAGGGCCACAAAUAUUACAGGACAGUAGAUUCCAACAGAGUUUGUCUGACAACUUGUCUUUGGCCAGUCUUCCCUGUAAGCCAGUAUUCAGGUCCAGCAAUAGCAUUAUUUAUAGAUUGUCUUGUGUAUCCUUUUUUCAGAUGUCAAUCAUUAAGUAUUCUGCCAUAACUUAAGAUUAUUCUCCUGUUGCACAUACAUAUAAUAGACAAUAAAGAACAGUACUUUGCUGAUAUAUCAACUAUUCAAAAGAAAAAUAGUCAUGCACUGAAGUCUGGGGAAUGUAGGAGACCCUGACCCUUAGCAAGUAUAGGAAUGGUGUGCCAACACAAAGCUAACAGCACAAAGAGUGGCCAUGCAAUACAAUUUUCUUUCCCUUUUUAUCUCCCAAUUGGUGUCCCUGGCUCUAUUACUCACAUCAGUGAUCUCCAGGAAUAGUAAGAUUGAAGCCCAAGAAAGUGAUGGCAUAUUUUAUGUAGGAACAUCAAUGUUUGUUUGCCUACUCCAGCUCCACAGACAUGGAAGAACACAGUAACCAGCUCCUGCAUUAGUUUUAUCAAAGAGGCAGGCUCAGCUAUUGAUUUAAUUCUUAAUUCUCAUGCAAAGAAGACACAGGUUGCAGGACUAAUACAAAAACUUCUGGCUACACAUCAUGCUGUCUUGAAGGAUCUACUCACUACAACUUCUCCUUGCAGUGUGGCACCAAUCAGUUACUCUUUCUGCUAAUUAUUCCAUGACAAAUAGCUGAAUUGCAGUAGUCUUACUCUGACAGUAACAGAGAUAUAGGUCUCUGAUUUAUUUUCCCUUCUCUCUAAUUUUAGUCUUGGCAGAUCUAUGAUGUACCGUUACUGACUGCCAAAGCAGCAAUCUCAAGGGACUAAUGGGCAUUGUAAGACUGCUGGAAUAUAGACUGUCUGAGGAUAACUGCAGUAUCAGAAAGAAAUUGAAAAAAUAUUUUCUGACUCAUAACGUCUUAGUUUAUAAAUGCCUUGGGAAUUUUGAGACAGAAAUGGUCUGCAGUGUAUAUUAACUGACCUUUAGCAAAGUUAAACCUCUGCAGACAGUUAAAGACUUCACAACCUGGAAGCUAACAAGUGGCAGAGUCUAAGAGCUUCUCUUUAAAGCUAUGAAACCACAGCAAGCGGAUGAACACCAGCUGGGCCUGUAGGGGAUCCCAGGGCUGCAGGCUGCCUAGAUGAAAGGAAGGGAGUGCUGAUACUGCUGUUCUUCCUGAACAUCUCAAGCCUGUGGAGCUGCCUGAGAGAUCACACUAUCAUCUUGUAGUCAUUUACAUUUACAAAUACAGUAAAGUGCAAAAUUGAAGUAUUUAAGCCCGAUUUCUUAUUGGCUUGCAGUAGGAAAAGUAAAUGGUGGUUCCUGUUUCAAAAGAUAAGAGAAGGGGUGAAAUGAAAACAAUAUAAAUGGACUGAGGGGAAGGGAUCUGGGAAAAGAGAAGGAGCAGGGGAGGAAGGAACAGAGAUUUGUUCUCUGCUCCUCUACACUAAACCUAAAAGGGACUCCUUGAGACCAGUUCCUGCUUUGUCAUCUUAGUUACAGGCCAGACAGCAGUGUUCAUCUCCUACACCCAGAAAUUUUGCAUGAUCUCUUUCAAGGUCAGCACUGCCAAAGCAUUAUUAAUCUAUUUCACUCUGCAGCUACACCUCCUACCUGCCCAGAAGGGAAGUACGUUAGCCAACGCUCCAGGUGAGUGGAAUACCAGCCAGGGAGCAGGCAUCGGCUUUGCAGGUUGCGCAGCUCCUGAGGGGCCUGGGAUUUUGCAGAGAUCACUUGGUAAAAGCUGUAAUUGAGUGCCACGGGGUCAUUGUGAGCUCGCUGGUGCUGAAAAACAUAAGCUGAAUUAAGGAGCAGGAAAACAAAAUUCCUCCCUCCCCAUGCCAUCUCUGCAGACCCCACUGACUCAAUACAAACAGCCACCACUGCCUUUGUACAUAACUUUGUCCACGCUCUCCAGUCUCUAUCAUCUUUCCUGGCUUCCCUACGGAAAUGGAUCUGUGGCUUUCUGCCUCACCCUACUGGAAUAUUUCUCAUGUGCUCAUCCACAAAACAGUAUGGAAAAGUUACCUGAUACCAUGAGUAGGCUCGGUCUGCAGGGUUGAUCAGAACACUAAUGAUUUUGGCUCGAGGAAGCAGGGCUGCACCACGUUUUGGUACUACCUCUGUGUCAAAAUAAUUGGCACUCUUCUCAAACAUGAAGUCUGUGCUGGCAUUGGAGGGGAUUGGAAAGAAUUCCAUGUACCUGCCAAAUGGACAAGGACACUGGUGAGCAGAGUGGCGCAGCAAAGAAAUGGCACACAGCAAAAUGAUGUCUUUGCUUCUCCUCAACAGAGGAGAAGCAGCAUAAUAGUGCCAUAGUGGCUUGUAUUCCCUGCCAGGUGGAAACACUUCAUCGUAAUUGCAUACUUGUACAGGUAAAGGUGAGGGUGUGCAUGUGGCCAAAGAGAAACUGUAGUCAAUGUGCAGCAUGUAGUGAUAUUUUUGUAAAUCUAAUGGGCUCAGAACAACAGUAUAGAGGUCCUCCCUUCUGUCCUGUAUGUCUCAACUCAGAAACCACAAAGAACUUUUAAACAAGCACAUUGUUGCCUGUUUUGCUUGUCAAAGGAGAAGAAAUCUCAUGAUAAUAGUGGAUUCAACAGACUCUCUAAUUUGUAAAGCUCCAUAACACCCCUAGGUAUCUGCUGGUGAGCAGACAUUAAGAUCAAAACUAUGUGUCCUAUUCCUGCAAGCAAGCAGUUGGGUUAGGAGGCAAACAUGUGCUGAGCAGUAGCAAUGAAAACAAACAAACAGAAAUGGAGAAGCUACUAAGAGGGCUGAGAAGGACAUACAAGAACAUUCAGGAUAAGACAAUACAGGUGCAACUUAUGACAGAAGAACAGAUGUCAGGAUUCUUACCAAUCAAUUCCUUUAUGAUAGUUGGGCCCAUUAAAAAACUGGAUCUCCUCAAAAGUGGAAGGACUUGGGAAGUUACUGGUGACAGCUGGAUGCAUGGUCAAGAAGAAAUGCACAGCUGUUGUGCCUGCAACAGGAACAAGAUAGCAGGAACUACUCGCACAUAAUGUUUGGCUGAAUCAAAAGCUUUACCUUUGCUGCAAGGCACAGACCCCCAGUGGACACACUCCUGCCGUACAUGGCUAACCCACUCCUCAUGCAGGCUUCAAGAGCAGACACCAAACACUUUGAAACUGAGCAUGGCUCAAUAGUUCAGUCCCAGACUUCAACUCAUGCAGCUGAUUUAAGACACUUCGGUAGCACAACUGUCAUCCAUGUCAGCUGCACUGAGGCAGUUGGGCUGUUCCCACCUGUCUCAGCAGUGCAGCCACACUCCUAUGUGGCAGAACUCAUACCUGUCAACCAAAAGGUGACACGGGCGCUGCAGGACAAUAUCACACAUUCAGGGAGGAGAUGCACUGGGGACAUUAAUUUCCACACAUGGGAAUUCAGCUAGAGAUAGCAUGGCCUGAAUCUGCUGUGAAUGUUUUCCCCUUACCCAGCCAAGCCUGAUAAUCCUACUCUGCCCCCAGCUGUAGGGCUUUCAUGGGUCAAUAAAUCAGAUGCCAGGACAAGGUUUUCUUACUGUGCAGUUGCAAGCAGCCUGGACCAUGAUCCAGAGGACCCACGCUGCACACACGCCAACAGGGCUUCACAGUUACACAAGCCAGAGACAAAAGUUUACCUGGGGAAGCCUCUUGCUCUAGGCCAGGAUCACCAUUUGCUGGGCUGGUGCCUGCUGUUUCACUGCACUACAGAGAAAGCCGAGGUCCGAAGAUCUGGCUUUGGCUGAAGAGAUUUUGCUCUCUUCAGGCUAGAAGGGACUUCUCAGGACAGUACACACACAUAGUCAUGUCACUGCCAACCACAAUGCUGCAGCAGUUAAGAGGUGGUGACAGAGGUCAAACAAAAGAGGAUCUCAGCCUCCUACUGACAGUGACAUGAGCAUGCAGCGGGUACACAGAUCUGUCACAAUAAAGGCACCAAGGGACGUUCACUGUAACCUUCGCUAAGCGUGUGUUUAGUCCCGCUGACAGCUUAUGUCUUGGGACAAACUAAGAAAGGUCACAGCUUCUCUGAGCUUGGGUGGAAAAGCCAGAACACAACUCUGCAGGUAGGGUUUUUCCCUGCAAACAAGGACUGGUGCUAAGAAAGUGUCAAGGCUCGAAGCAACAGACUUGCAAGAUUUUGUUAAGAACAAAUUUGAGAUUCUCUGAAAUGUCCUCUGUGGACAUUUGGCAGAUUGUAUGAAGAGCAGCAAUACAGAUCUACAACACAGACCUUUCCAGUUCUCUCUGGAGGAAUGAGAUGAAAGAUGCAAUCUAUUUUUAGACAAAGUUUUCACAUUACCAGUUUUCUGAGGUCCCACAAUGAGGAACUUGGGGAGUCGAUCACAUGUUUUCUCUUUGGACCAGAUAUCCUUGUGCCUCUUAUCAUCACAGGGAUUCUGCAGCGUAAGUGAUGGGAUUAAGCAUUAGCACAGGAGCUAAUGAAAAGGGGAGGAGAAGCUGGAAGGCAGUCCUCUAGGGAAGAUGCUAUUAGCAUAUGAGGAACACUUCACAACCACACUGCUGCUCUGCCAAGCAGCGAGUUAGAUAAAAGCAGGAGGGAACAUUUUUCAAAAGCCCAAUGCAACCCAGAAGCCAAAGUCCCUCCGAGAGUGUAAACCACAGGACUUGCCAUGUGCAGCCACACUGGGCUGGGCCACCACGAUAGUACAGCUAAGCAUCUGUGAACUGCUGGCUGGCAGACAACUCUAUCACCUUCAGUUAAUUUCAUCUGCUCAUUAUCAGGCAGAGCUGCUGCUCUGGGAUAAAAUGGAAUAAACAUGUUUUUAUUUAAUGAACAUGAAUUCUGUGG